AUGGACGCCCUCACUAUAUUGGGCUUGGUCUACUGGCUGAUCUGCAUGAUUUUGUUCGGCCCGUUGAUGUUCUUUGUCUGCGUUUACCUGCCCGAGGUUCCGGUGCGAUAUGUGAAGAGUCUGAGGCAGCAGACCUGAGUGCCUUCGCGACCAACUUAACCACUAAAUAGCAAAGUCCGUAGUACAUAGACUAAUCAAGCCAUAGUUGACAUGAUAUUGAUGUACAAUCGAUCUAUUUGUAAUAAAACUACUCAAAAAUGCAUUCAAUUUAAA